GCUGACUCGAGGAGGUAAGUGCGAAGUGUUCCAGGGUCGGCCUGUGGCCUUUGUCAUAGGCUUUCCGAUCUCGUAAACUUGCAAAUGUGCUAUCCGAACCUCUGGACACGCCCCUCUGCUCCCCUACCUCUGCCCCUGCCUCCUUCCUCUCCCUUCCCUCUGCUCCUCCCUCUGAUCCUCCCUUUGCUACUGCCGCUCCUCCUCCAUCUGCUGCUCCCUCCCUCCCUGUCACUGUCAACGCUACUUUCAACCGCCUUACAUGGACAUAUAGUCUCCGCCGUUGCUGAUACGCACAGUCUCGACAACGCGGAUCUCGAUGAAGGGGCCCGUGAAGCGGGAACCCCUCAAACCCUCAAUAUCGCGGCCAGCAUACUCGUUUCCUCGAUGAAAACGUCCUACUCCUCCGCCGGAUGGACGUCUGCAGCAGAGGGAACGUGUAUGGGAAGGAAUCUUGGAUUGUCCCUUCCUCCUCCACAGCAGCCGGUUCCUGGUGCAGUGCGCCGACUAUCGAGCGAUAAAGGCUGGAAAGGAGUGGGCAGUUGGGGUGGGGGGAUCACGGAUCUACUGGAGGUCCACACUGCCUCGGGACACGCUUUGGUGGAUAUCCGUGCCGUAGCCCCGCUCCAGUGGAGGCGACCGUCGGGCUUCCUGUUUCCUGGUGUUUCCCUGUCUUUUGAUUUUAGUUUGUGAGAAAAAAAAAGAGAGGAGGCGCGAACCCGUCAUUUUCAUAUGGUCAGCUGAUUGACGGCGUCCACUUCUGACUUCAAGUUCCUCAGUC